GCGUGGUGGGCGACUCGGGGGAUGAGGAGGCAAGACGCUUGGGCCCGGGGAUUCCUGUCGCACGCGCGGGUGGGGCACGUGGGCUGAGUGUGCGAACGAGCGCGCAGGUUACAGAGGAGUGUGGGAUGGCCUCAUUGUCGCUGUGAGACGAUCGAACUGAUGACGGCGAGGACGAACCGCAGACACACAGCCAAAGUUUCAGUCCUUGGAUGUUAUCCCAGCAUCCUUCAGCCUUGGUGUCUCGGGUUCGUGACUGCCUUGUGUUUUAUUAACUGCAUCGGCGAUUAGUAAAUUCACUUUUAGGUGCAUUGUGGUUGGAACGGAUGAGCAGUUUAGUAAUAAAUAGAAUCUGUAUGAAAUAUUGAGAAUUUCUUCGAGUUCAGAAAGUGAACUGAGAGUGCCACUUACUACAACCUUUGUUUUUUCCGAGAGAAAACUUUCGUCUGUGCUACGUCUGGAGUUUGGAUAUAUGACAAAGUCUUGUCACGAAUCGAAAGUAGACUACUUCAAAACUAAGAGAGAAAACACAGGUUUCGUACAGAAAAAUCUUUUGGAAUUAUUUAUCAUUAAAAGAGAUAUCCUUUCAGAUGAACAAGUUCGAUUUAUAUUAAUCAGCUGGUAUUCAUUUUCAACUCCUACAACACAUUGCCAUGACCUUUAGCUUGUUGUAACGACCAGUCUGGUUUAUUUUAUUAUUGUCAUGCAACUUUUUUUAACUUUGUGUUUAACUUUGUAAAAAGGAACUUCCUUCUGUCAAGAAAUUGUCAGCAAGUAAGAACAGAAUCGGUAUAAACAAGUACAGGAAACUUAGCCGCUAAGCACUAUACCACAAACAGACCUUAAAAAACUGGAUUGUUGUUUGAGGAGAGACGAACAAUAUAAAUAAGAAGGAUUAAGCCAACAACUUGAUAACUUUUUCUUUUUGUUGGCCUCAGCUGAAGAAUUAGUAACUACAAGAACUUUGAGAAUUGUAAGCGUGGCACAAAGACAAUUAAACAUGCAAGUGUGAAUAAAUUGUGGAGGGGAAAACGGAAUUUCAGUUUCGUUUGAAACAACCACAGCAUAAAGAUUUUGAUCAGGUUGAUGAUAUCAACGACCGAUUCUAAUAACAAUUCUUCUGUAGGUGAUAUAAAUUCCUCUGCAGUGGAAUACAUUGUUUUGUGUGGAAACAUUUCAUUGGUGGAUGCAUUGUUUUCUGCAACGAACAGGGCAACGCUUUCCAACGGAUCAUUUCUAACAAGUGACGUCACAUUGGUACCAUGCGAGGACCAUCCCGGCGUCGGAUGCCGCUGAGCCUUCUGACCCUGUGAGAAACGGAUUGUGUGGCGUACAUUUCUCCAGAAGCUUCUCAGACCAUGAAGACAGAGUUGUCGCCUCUCUGUGAAACGAUGACGCCGCCUGGUCGGACAGGACGCAUCGCCAGCAUCUUGUGUCGCACAGCAGUCACCUCCCUCUCCUUGCUGACCCUCUGUCUCCAUGGACAAGUGCAAAGUGCCAGAGCCUUACCCCCGGGGCAGCCUAUUCACAUCGCGGCUCUGUUGCCGACAAACUUCGGACGAUUUCCGUUCGCCAUACAGAACGUGAAGCCGGCUGUGGAUAUUGCUGUGAAGAACGUCACCGGAAGCGGUGGAAGGCUGGAAGGAAGAGAAAUCAGAAUUCACUUCCGGGACUCUGAAUGCUCCAGUGCUGCCGCAAUGAAUCAGAUGUUCGAAUACUACAUCAAUAAACAGGUCCACGUGUUCUUCGGUCCUUGCUGUGACUACGCUGCAGCGCCUGUUGGCCGUCAGAUGCACUACUGGAAGCUUCCCAUGAUAACCGCCGGCGCCAUUGCCCGCGACUUCGCCCUCAGCAAAUCGAGUCUCUAUGACCUCAUGACCCGGGUGGGCGCCAGCGUUAACUCCCUUGUGGACUUCCUCUUGGAGAUAAUGCGCGAGUUCGGUUGGUCGAGGAUCAAACAAGUGUACGAUCCGUAUGGACAGAGCAUUGUAGGCGACAAGGUUUGUCACAUCAUCUCCGAUGGCAUUCACUACGGCCUGCAGGACCAGACUGUCGUCCCCCACCUGGUGCAGGAUUACGAGAAAUUCGAGUCAGUGGAGGAGAUCCUGGACAAGCUUGCUGUGGAGAUCGGAGACUGGGCAGUUGUGGUACUGUGUGCCUCACCUGACUCUGUCCGAGAAAUCAUGAUUAAGGCCCACGAACUCAACUUCGACAAUGGAGAAUACGUUUUCUUCAAUAUUGACUUGUUUACCAGCAAGAACGCCAGCGAGAAGCCGUGGUACCGUCCGCACGACACGGAGGAGAGGAACGAGAAGGCCCGCAAGGCGUACGAGGCGCUGAUGACCGUGACCCUCCGUAAACCCACGUCCCCCGAGUAUCGCAGUUUCUCCAAGCAGGUCAAGCAGCGAGCUGAGCAGAUGUUCGCCGCCGACAACUUCACCUACGGCGAGGAGGAGGUCAACAGUUUUGUGGGGGCGUUCCACGAUGCUGUGAUUCUGUAUGCCCUCGCCCUCAACGAGAGCCUUGAGGCCAACGUGUCCAUCACUGACGGCUCGGAGAUCACGCGCCGCAUGUGGAACCGAACCUUCCAAGGCAUCACGGGAACAGUCAGUAUUGACGCCAAUGGAGACCGCAACGCAGAUUACUCUCUUCUGGACCUUGACCCUGUGCAGAAUAAAUUCCAGGUGGUUGCCAAUUACUAUGGCAACCGAAAGAAGUACGAACCGGCUCCAGACAAAAAGAUCUCGUGGGCCGGAGGGCGCACCGAGGCUCCCCCAGACACCCCCGUCUGUGGCUUUGAUGGUUCGAAGUGCCCGCCAGAAGAACCUUUCCCCGAAUAUGGCAUCGUCAUUAUUGUCCUGGGAACCAUUAUUAUCGUUGUUCUCGUCGCUGCUUUCUUCAUCUACAGGCACAUCAAGCUGGAAGCUGAACUGGCAGAAAUGAACUGGCGAGUGAGGUGGGAGGACAUUUUGUUUGGUUCCCCGGAGAAGAGUAAACGGUUGGAGCGACAGGGCAGUCGCCUGAGCCUCAACAGGCGGUGUUCGUACAACAGUUCCUGUUCAGGAGACACCAUCGCCUGCCAUCUGAGCGACGCCAGCACCAGACAACUCUUUACCAAAACAGGCUACUACAAGGGUGCCAUUGUUGCCAUCAAAAAAAUUUCCAAAAGCAGCAUUACCAUACACAAACCACUUUUGCUGGAAAUAAAAAGGAUUAAAGAUCUUCAGAAUGAUCACAUUGUCCGUUUUAUUGGCGCAUGCACGGACGCCCCACACAUGUGCAUCCUCACUGAAUACUGCCCCAAGGGGAGCCUUCAGGACGUGCUAGAGAACGAUGAGAUCAAACUGGACUGGAUGUUUCGCUACUCAAUCAUGCAGGACAUUGUCAGGGGCAUGACCUACCUUCACAGCACCGAAAUCCGUAGCCAUGGAAACCUGAAAAGUACCAACUGUGUGGUUGACAGCCGGUUUGUGGUCAAGAUCACGGACUUCGGUCUGCAUCACCUGCGGCAAGCAGAUGGUGACCAUGAAAAGAGACGUUUCGCCUGGUACCAAAGACAACUAUGGAGUGCACCGGAACUGCUACGCAUGGUCCGGCCGCCAGAGGGCACUGCGAAAGCUGAUGUGUACAGUUUCGGUAUCAUCUGUCAGGAGAUCGUCUACCGUAACGGAGUCUUUCACUUACCAAAUGUCGAGAUAUCACCACAAGAAAUCUACGAGAAGGUCAAGAAGGGCAUGAAGCCAUACUUGAGGCCGACUCUCGAGGACUUUGACUGUCCCUCCGAUGAACUCGCCGCUGUGAUUAGAAGGUGCUGGGCGGAGGACCCUGUGGACAGACCAGACUUUCCAGCUCUCAAAUCUGCCAUCAGGAAGCUCAACAGGGAUGGCGACAAAGGCAACAUUCUGGACAACCUGCUGAGCCGCAUGGAGCAGUACGCUAACAAUCUGGAGGCCCUCGUCGCCGAGCGAACACAAGACUACUUGGAAGAGAAGAAGAGGGCCGAGGACUUGCUGUACUCCAUGUUGCCCAAGUCUGUGGCCAGUCAGCUCAUCCGGGGCCAGGCGGUGAUGGCCGAGACCUACGACAGUGUUACCAUCUACUUCUCCGACAUCUGCGGCUUCACUGCUCUGUCUGCAGAGAGCACCCCGAUGCAGGUUGUCGCUCUUCUGAAUGAUCUCUACACGAUGUUUGACUCUGUCAUUGAAAACUUUGAUGUGUAUAAAGUGGAGACAAUAGGUGAUGCUUAUAUGGUGGUGUCGGGACUUCCGGUCAAGAACGGUAAGCUGCACGCUCGAGAAAUAGCGCGCAUGUCCCUUGCACUCCUGGCCGGGGUCAAGAACUUCAAGAUCCGACACAGACCUGAUGAGCAGCUGAAGCUGAGAAUAGGUCUUCAUACAGGCUCUGUUGUUGCUGGAGUUGUAGGACUCAAAAUGCCGCGGUACUGUCUGUUUGGAGACACUGUCAACACGUCGUCGAGGAUGGAGUCCAACGGACUGCCACUAAAGAUUCACAUGAGUCAGCAAACACGGGAGGUGCUGGAUGAGUUCAACUGUUUUGUGUACGAGCUACGCGGAGAAGUAGAGAUGAAAGGAAAGGGCAAGCAGACGACAUACUGGCUGAUGGGGGAGAAGGAACCCGCCAUCGACCUCGCCUUGUCCCAUGGGGUCUUGUGACGUCCUUCACCGCUAUGCAACCACUCACGUCUUGAGCAGGCGCUAACUUCCGGUCUGCCCCUCAAAAUGGCGGCCACGCUGCGCCUGCGCACUUCUUGUAGCACGCUGUGCCAUUCCGACGUGUGUAGCAGGGCCUGCACUGUGUGUCACGUGACGGCCAGAUUUAAGAAACUUUGUGUAAAUAUAUAUAGAUAUAUAUAUAUAUACACACACAUAUAUAUAUUUAUGUCAUACCGCGGUGUUUUUGAUACCGUGAGAUGAGAAGUGAGAGUGACUCUGCUCUGUAACCCGUGAGUAGUGCGCAGUGUCUCCUUCGUCUGACUCUCAGGCUCUGUGGCUGAUGUUCAUCAAGAUGUUCUCCAGGUAUAGUCGGCUUAUCUCUUCUGCGACUUUUUUUUCUUCUCGCGGAAAGGAAUGGAAUCCCUCUAUACGCCGCUUAUCGCUGGCCUUUCAUGCCCUGGACAUCUUGCUGCAAUCGUCUUCGUGCUUCUUCAUCACUGUGUACAGCUGCAGCGAGGAUGUAACAAAGAGUUUUGUAGGAAUACGUGUAACUUUUAAACCAAUAUCUUCAUCUGAUUUACGAUCAAAAUGUCCGGUGUAACAUUUUUAAGCAUCUAAUUUUUUUCUUUAAAAAAAAAGCUGAACUUUAUCAGUAAUUUGCAAUCAUCUGUUAGUAAAGCAUGUUAUUUAUUUACCUUUUAAAAUGUCUCCUAAUUACGUCUUUGUGUUUAAAGAACGUGUGCUAGCAACAAGGGAAUAGCCGACAAGAUGAAAUAAUAUCAUAAAAAAUGUGAAAUUUAAAACCUAAAUUGCUAAAGACACUACUGGUCUAUAAAACAUUGAGAAGACAACUGCAAAAGAUCUGAGCUGAUCGCUGUUAUCGUUCUUGGUGUAUUGCAAUCACUGUUGGUCUCCAAGAUUUUCAUCACUGGACAUGGAUGAUCUAGUAUAUAGAUAUGUUUGGCAAAAUCUUCUAGUAAGGCUUAUACUAUUUAAAAAGUUACAUAGUCGCAAUAUUUGUCCAAUGUGUCUGGUAGAAAAGUCUUUAAGUCUAGAAUUCAUUUACAUACUGGAUAAGACAACGGGCUGUUGUAUCUGAAUGGAUAAACCCGUCAAAGAUGUCCACAAUCAGCAAUUAAGGAACUAUUCAGUGUUCAACUACAAUAAAAAUGCUAGUCUUUAACAGCAGUAAAAUACUAAUUUUAAUGAAACAAUUACAAUGUCCAGUAAUUUUUUUAUGACAAACAAGACGAGAAAUCCACUAUUUUGUCACCAUUAAAACAAUACAAAUGUAAUGGGAAUGAAAUCAGAAUUUAAUAAGGUCUGGCUAUAUAAAUAUUUCUAACCAAGCUUAAUUUAGCAAUUUUAAUAUGACAAGUAAAUAAGGGGGCUCAAAGAGUAUUAAGAAAUUGUCUUUUUUUAUAUGUGGUUCUCUCACUUUGCUUCUUUUACUAUUAUAUCAAUUUUACAGACUUGAUACAAAUUAUUAAAAAACACAAAAACACAAAUAUUGUAAGCACUCGAAUUUUAACUAGGAUUGAUAUUUUUAAAAAGUUUUCUUUUUACUGAGUGCGCGAAUGCUUUUGAUUGUCUUUAGUAUUCAGUAAAGAAUUAUAUUUUUUUAAGUUUUGUGCUCUGUUGGAGUUAAUAUUUAGGCUUAUUUAACAAUUCUCACCCUUAAAAUAGAGAAAUGCUUGUCAGUUGACAGCAUACACGUUUUGUUUUUUGUGCAUUUUAAUUUAAAACCAGUGAAAGUGGGAACUUUUUUUCAUGGACUUUGUUUUAUUUCGCUGAUGUUUUCAACGACCAUUGUUUGCAAUAGACCUUGACCACUGUACAUAGCUCUAGCCGACAAUUGUUGACUUUGAUCAUAUUGUUGAUUGUUGUACUGUGACGGUGAUGUGGAGACUUUCAUUUUGUCCUAAGGCCCUUAUCAUUGACAGCUGCUGCCGAUGACCACAUUAGACAAUCGUUGUUAGACGCUGUCUGCGUAAUCACAACACCAGGAUCCAUGUUUGUUUGUUUACUCUGCUAUCGCAGGGGCGGGUGGAUCCCGACUGGCGGAUCCGAGACUAUUUCAUCGACUUGUUUUUAUUUCCAUCCAUGUGGUAACUUGCGUGCGUUGUAGACUGUACAUCUGAUAGUCCGGGGUUUGUUUUUUGGGGAUUAAUCUGUUAUUUAUUUCCAGAUGCCCGGAAGAAUACUGUUUUACUGUUAGAGACAGCCAUUCAUUGUCCUGAGUAUUGAUAUUGCAUUAACUUGUCAUGUUUGCUACGGUAAAGAUUAUAUGAAACAUGCUGUGAUAUGCCUCGUAAAUAGACGUUUUUGUCAAUAUGUCAGCACGAGAUUGUUAUGUUGAAUUUAAUAUUGUCUUUAUGGGUAUGUGCACGUCCAUCUGUCUGUCUGAGAAAGUGAUUCGAAUGUCAAACAAAUUUUACAUAGUUACCUUUUUAGUGAAAAAAUAUACAUCACGAGAGAAAGUCUUUGUGGAAAGAAAAGUUCUGGACGCCCUGCAUCGUAGACCAUGAGAAUAUCUAGAUGCUGAACUGCCACACGUUUUUAUUUGGAACCAGACCACCAUCAUCAUCAUCGUCAUCCUGAUCAUCAUUACCACCACUGCAACCACUCCUACAGUCACUUUGCGACACCCACACACACACAUAUAUAUAUAUACACACACAGUGGUUUUAAAACUCAAGAUUUUAACCCAAACUUACAGACAAUCUCAGAAGUUGCAUUCCUAGACAAGACUGAACCUGCUGUUUACAUCUCGAAUAUUGUACAAAAUCCAGUUUUCCCUGUUUUAUUACUGGCCAUCUCAGAGACUUGCUCGUCAACUUUAAAUGUUCUUGUACAACACUCCAUUGUUCUUGUCAGUUAAGAAAGUCUGUUCACUUUGUUCCUGUAAAUAAUGUUCGUCCUCUUUUCUCGGCCAUUUUUUUGUCAGAAACACGAUGAAAACGUUUGUAUGUUUGAUAAAUACGUUUGUGUCAGUGGCAUAGAAAGCAAAAAAAUCUUUUUUGUAAUUUUCACUUUUCUCGUUAAAAAAAAAAAUUGUCAUUUUACACUAUGGCCUUUGUGCGUUUGUUCAUUUGAAACUUCGACUGAAUUACACAUGUAAGCACUUUUGCUAAUCCACCUGCUGCUCACUGCUGUCUUCGUUACAAAUGUCAAAGGCAAAAUGAGGGUUUGAUAUACACAUCCUGUUUACAGUGUUGAAUCCAGUGAACCUCGCAUUCUCAGAUUGUUCUGCCUUUCAGUGUUUAUUAGUAGAUGACUCUAUUGUGUUUUACGUUGACAAAUCGAAAACAAAUAAACAAUUAUUUGACUGAAAAUGCCCUGUAAACAAGAGAAAAGGUCAACAAACAACACAAAACCUCACACUUCCCAAAUAAAUAUAUAGGCAAAAGACGCAGAAUACAUGAAUUAAUAUGAUCUCGAUACUAGGUCUAUCGUUAAAUGUGAAUUAGUAAUAUUUACCCACAGAUUUGCACAAAUCUAAAAACAUCUGAAGUAUACCCGUAUGUAGCAGGCGUUUAGAAUUUACGGGUGAUAUAAUACAACUGGAAGCAAAAUCGACUCUUUCUUCAAUCCAACGUAAUAAAGACAACUUUGAAAAAUGUUUUUUGUUUUCUUUUUUAAUUGUAAUUAUUACUCAAAUAUUUCUUUAUUAUUGAUAAAUUGUUUCCGAAUAUACUGACUUGUCAGAGAAGUAGAGGACUUAACAAUAUUACAAACAGUGAAUGAUGGAAGUACAGUUGAAAAGUUCAAAUAGAAGAAAGAAACAUAGCGGUAUGUCUCUUGCUACUGAUGCCCAUAAAUCAUAAAUUCACACCCUUAAUAAUGACCAUAAAGCUGGUCCAUCUCUCCACGAGAAACUCAUCCUAAGGACGGCAAAGUGUUGCUUAAUUAACUUGCUGCAUCUACUAAUAUAAUUCAGGCUAGUGUGCGAUGUUUCUCUCAUUUAAAAUGCUCCAAAAAUGCCCAGACAAGCACCAGAACCUCACUGCUCCCAUUACUAUUGUUAGAAAGAAUUAAAGAUUCUGGAAAGAAAUUCUGGAACACCUUGGCAAAAUUACUCAAACGUAUCAGUGCAGCCAACAAACUAGCAUUACUUAGUUAAAACUGAUAAAAAAAAUGAAAAUAAUUUAUUGAAGAUCCAUCUAAAUUGUAUUGUUAAUUUCAAUAACUUUUUGUCAAUGUAGAAUUUGGAGAAAGAUUACAACGUCUCUUAAAACUGUGUUUGUCUUGGUUGUGUUGUAUUAUAUCGAUAUUGAAGUCUAACAAGGUCUUUCAUCAAAAAACAUUUUAAUUUUCUUACAUUAUGUGAAUGCUCCUGCACUUAAAUUUUUCAGGGUUUUUUUUUCUAGAACGCGGGACUCCUUCCUUUGUCCCAAAGGCUAGAGAUAAGAAUGGAAGAGAGUUAAUGUUUGUGAAGAUUGUCUCAUAAACAAAUAUGGCCUCUUGAAUUGAAGCCUCUUGUCAUUGCAUAAACCAUAACAAAUCUUUCAUAUUAAUUGUCCUUCUUUGAUGACAAGCAUCGUGUUUCCUGUAAUUUCACUUCUUUCUUUUCUUUUGAGGAUAGGUCAACUUUGAUGAUGACUAUGAUUGUUGAUAACCAACGCAGCCACAAAGUAGCCUGUGUUGAAACGGUUAUAGUAGUAAUCAAGUGUUUGUUCUCAUGAUGUCACUGUGAUGAGAUUGUACUCACUGACCCCGUGCGAGUUUUGUAUUGGUUGUAUAUUUUUUUCAGAACGAUGAUGGAGAAAAAUCUUGUCUUCACCGCCAUCCCUCUCUUGUUCCUCGUUAUAUGUCUCCAUUUUCAAAUGUUCCAUGGUAUCCUGCCUAAUGUACAAUUGUCCAGCUUUCUGUAUACCUAAGCUCAGUAUCUCUACAUUGUUGUAGAAGUUUGUUCACAUCAAAUCUGAUGUGUGAUGUGCGAUGCAGAGGUUGUGCGCUUUUUACUUUCAGCCUCCCGAAAACUCAUUUUUCAGUCAAUGCUUGUCCCAGAGCAAACAUAACAAAACACAUUUUCUUCCUUCUGAAACCCUAAGGGCUCUGAAUCACUUCUCCCUAUCCGCCUUCAAUUUCCCAGAUGCAUCAUUCUUUAUGACAGCAUUUUAAUCUCAGUCCCAGAUUUUUGUGUGUUUGGAGAGUUAUGUUUCGGCCCUGUCACUGACCAUAUCUUUAUGAGAAAGUUUUCUAGCACAACACUUUGGUCUGGUCUAAUCAGAUUUUUUUUAAUACUUUAGUUUAUAUGCGCCUUCAUUUGGAUAGCACAUGUAGCACAUAAAAAUUCCAGUCCUUCUCAGACUACAAAGAAGUUCAAUCAUGUUGAUGGGUACAUCUCUGAGGGCCAUGCAGCCUUUAGAGAGAAUAUGAAGGUUGAGAAAGCUGUCCAUAUUUUCAUGAUUUUUUUAUUUUUCCUUUCUUUGUUGACAAAAUCAUUUGGCUGGAUGCAUUGUAUUCUGCUUCAAGGAUUAUUAUGAAUGCCAAGAUGGGCGUUAUUGUUCCAAUCUUCAGCUCAGUUUAAGCAAAGACUACAAUGAAAGAUUUUGUUUCAGUCCAUUAGAACAAAUCUGUGAUUUUUUGUUGUCUAGCUGUGUCUUUGUUAUGUUUUUAUUUUGGUUGUUUGGUUUGUUUUGCUUUUUGUUUUGUUUUUGUUUUUUUGUUUUUUGUUUUGUUUUGUUUGG